AUGUCCCAAAAGUCUGGCCUCUCAUGGUUGAUUCACGAUCACCCAAUCCCCGAAAUAGGAGAUCAAGAUGUACUAGUGAGGCUACAUGCAGCGUCUCUCAAUUAUCGCGAUAUCUUAAUAGCCAAGAGUACUGUCCCACUUCCAUUCUUCCGCCCAGGAGUUAUUCCAGCCUCAGAUGGAGCCGGAGUGGUUGAAAAAGUAGGCAUCAAGGUCCAAGAAUUCCGACCAGGCGAUCGAGUCUGUACCUAUAUUAUCCCUCAUAUGCCUGAAUCCAAGCAAUUGUGUUUAAUAGAUACUUGUCAUGGGCUUGGUCAAGCGGUUGACGGUACUUUGUGA